AUGGCCGAGAUCAACCGACAUGACGCGAGACUUAUGGCUGCCCGGCACGAGACUUCAAGCCAUGGUCGCUCCCCGAGAAAUGACCCGCUGAUGAACAAAGACAAUCAAACCUUCAGCGUUUUCUUAACCGGCGCCAGCGGUUUCAUCGGCACUCAAAUCCUACGCCAGCUCCUAGGACUUCGCCACGUCAAGUGGGUGACUAGCCUUGUACGCGGCGAGGUCGAUGAGGCAGCCAGAUAUCGCACCAUUGAUACGGCUGUGACAGCGCUCUGCUACGAAGUCCUAGAGGCAGCCAGUGUUGGCUCGACCGUAGAGUUGCUGCUUCUCGCCAGCAGACUACCCUACAUGAUAUUUCUGUAUAUCACCGGCGGUCGACCACGGAGCUCUCUCGAAGAGCCCGACGUGAUGAAAAAGCUCUCAGUCGCCGAUGCAAUUCCGUACAGCCAAACGAAGCUCGUUGCCGAAGCCGUCGCUAGGCGUGCAGCGCAGUCCAACCUAUCCGAGACUGGCCGUCUCGCAGUGUUGAACCCCGGCUGGGUCACCGGCACACCCGACGAGGGCGUGUCCAACACCGGCGACUAUAUCUGGCGACUGGUAGCGACGUGCAUUAAAAUAGGCGCGUAUAACACCCGUGACGCUGACGGGUGGCUAUUCGUUUCCGACGUUACAACCACCGCGGCGGCGAUCAUCGACGCAGCGCUAGGUAAGAACGUAGAGAAGAACGCCACCAAGUGUCCCGCAGACAGGAUAACGUGGAGAGAUAUCUGGUCCAUCCUCGAAAGUCUCGGGUACAGACUUCAGGGGAAGUCCACGGCCGAGUGGCUGGCUCUUGUCCGAGCUGACAUGGGCGUAGAAAAAGAGACACAUCCGCUGUGGCCUCUAGCGCACAUGAUUGAGGGAUUCCAGAACGAUAGACGAAUGGCGAAAUUUUCCCUAGGGAUGCGUGUCUGCACUCCUUUGCGAUUGAAACGCGCUGUAGCAAAAAGUGCUGAAUAUCCUGUUCGCGUCGGGUUCUUGCCUUCUUCUCCUGGUGUGCGCUGA